AUGGUGAGAUCUUUAAAGUUUCACGAGAAAAAGUUACUUAAAAAAGUUGACUUCAUCUCGUGGAAAAGCGACAAUAAUAUUCGCGAAGUAAAAAUUCUAAGAAAAUAUCAUAUUCAGAAGCGGGAGGAUUACACGAAAUACAACAAGCUGUGCAACAUGGCCAAGUCUCUGGCACAUAAAAUAAAAGAACUAAACCCAAAGGAUCCCUUCAGGGCUGAAUGUACUGACAUGCUGUUAGAGAAGCUUUAUAAUAUGGGCACAAUCCCGACUAAGAAGAAUCUAGCACUGUGUGAAAAGCUCUCCGCUUCUGCAUUUUGCAGACGACGUUUACCUGUAGUGAUGGUUCGACUACGCAUGACACAAGCUGUGAAAGAUGCAGUGAAAUAUAUAGAGCAAGGUCACGUGAGAGUUGGACCAGAGGUUAUUACAGACCCAGCUUUCCUGGUCACACGGAAUAUGGAGGAUUUCAUAACAUGGACGGAUACAUCAAAGAUUAGAAAACAUGUCAUGGAGUAUAAUGACAUGAAAGAUGAUUUUGACUUGUUAUAA